ACUCGAGUUGACCAUCACAAGUCAUGUCAACAGCGAUGAAAACUGAUCUUGUAAAAAUUAGAAUUACAUAAUUUAUUUCACAAACUACAUAGCUCUAUUUAUCUGUUGUAUAUUUAUAUAUCACGCAUUAGAUAUUUUUCUACCUGUUUAAAACGCCCGGAAUAUUAUCGUAUCCUCCAGUUAUGUUGAAAUUUGGUGUAAAGUCCGCUAUUUUGGGAGGUGCAGUUUACUAUACAAUAGAUAAAGGGGUUUGGAAAGAUAGUUCCACUACAGCAGCUAUAUACGAUGAUCUGGAAAAAGGUGCUUCACCCUAUGUUGGUGAAUUGAAAAAGCAAAUUCCUUAUGAGUUACCUCCUCUACCAUCAAAUGAUAGAGUAUCCUACUUGUUUAAGUAUUACUGGAAUAGUGGAGUCAAAGCAACAUUCAGAUUUCUAGUAAAUUUACCGACACAUGCUUCAGAUGCUACUGAUAAAGCUUUGGAUUUUAUUUCAUCUUCAUUAAAUGCUGUUGAAACAAAUACCAGUGCAGAUAAAGUAAAAUAAUACAAAUCUUAUUUCUAGGAAACAAUAAAUUUAUUUUAAUGGCAUACUGUCUCUUGGUUGUAAUCACUGUUUUCUUUAGUACUGUAUGUAGGAUUUCAAAAAGACCAAGUGUAUUUAAAAAUGAUAGGUACUUAUAGUUAUUUAUA